GGUGAGUUCACAAGUGAGUUGUCAAAGCUCCGAACUUUCAUGGAUGACAACUUCAAGAAGCUAUUUGAAGCAAUCAAGGUGAACAAUUCUGCGGACAAGGCUGCCGAUAGUGAGGCGCCGGAGCAUCAAACUGAUGCUGGGAUACAGUUAACGCCUGAAGAAAACUUACGUCAUGAUUCUACCAUUCAAACAUCCCCUCCCAAACAUGAUGAUGAGUCAAUUAAGGGUGUUGGACCAAAGUUACAUGAGGAAGUUCCGGAAAUUGUAGUGACCGCCGAAAAUUUAAGAGCAGAUACACGUAAAGCUUCAUUUGAAGAGAUUAAUCGGACGAACGAAGGAACUUUCAACUCAACAGAGGUAAAUUUUACAUUCAAUCUUAUAGAUCUUUUCAAGAUACUGCUAUACUUAACAUUUAUUAAUUUUUUUUUUUUUUUAGGGAAUGGUCGCAAAGAUGCUCAUUGAGUUGCCUCUAGA